CGGAGUGCAUACACCUCCGGUCUCUCCACUCUCCUAUAAGAUAGACCUCCACUCCAUUCCCUCUCCCAUCCAAUCUCAGUUUCCAAGGUAAACUUCAGAGAAGCGACGAAGGUAGACGACGAUGGCGGUGUCGGUGGAGCUGCCCAAGGAGUACGGCUACGUGGUGCUCACCGUGGUGGCCUACGCCUUCCUCAACUUCUGGAUGAGCUUCCAGGUCGGCGCCGCCCGCAAGAAGUACAAGGUGUUCUACCCCACCAUGUACGCCACCGAGUCGGAGAACAAGGACGCCAAGCCCUUCAACUGCGUCCAGAGGGGGCACCAGAACUCGAUCGAGAUGAUGCCGCUCUUCUUCGCCACGCUGCUGCUCGGCGGCCUGCAGCACCCGGUCGUCGCCGCCGCGCUGGGGCUCCUCUACACCGUCGCCAGGUUCUUCUACUUCAAGGGCUACGCCACCGGCGUCCCGGAGAACCGCUACAAGCUUGGGGGGCUCAACUUCCCGGCGAUAAUGGGGUUGAUCAUCUGCACGGCGUCGUUCGGCAUCAACCUUGUCAUCAGGGAAGCGAUCUGAGGCUCCGGACUGAUGCCUGACUUGAUAGCCGUUGUGACUGGAUCACUGGAGUCAUUUCGGCGUGGUGGUGAUGAUGUCUUUUGAAGCGUCAAAUGUGUGUGUGCGUUUGUUUUACUCUCAGAAUAAAGCUGGAUGGAGACAGUUUUGCAGUACAGAUUUUGAUACAGUUUCCGUAAAUCUCCUUACCAAUUUCCUUGUGCGACAUCUGCGGAGCAUGUUAUGCUCUCGUUGUAAUCUCCGGUGACGUUGAUGUUGUUGUGCACAUUCCUUUUUGAUACAAUCUUUAAGCCCCUUCAGCCUGUGUCA